UGCUCCUAUUCAUCCCUGUCAUGUCUGUCAUCGCACAGGCGCCGCUAUGGGCAUCCGAAAAGGUUGAGCACGUUGGUACAGGCUGCCAUCAUGGGCACCGCGUCCUCUUUGGUCAGUCCAGGAGAGGUGAUCGAGGAUGGAUAUGGGGGUGAAGGAGGAGAAGCCUGUGAGAUCCCAGUGGAGGUCAAGCCCAAAGCCCGACUCCUGCGCAGUUCCUUUCGCAGAGGACCCCGGGUGAUUGGGGCCAGUUUCAAAUCCACAGGUUCUGUGGAUCUAGAGUACGCCGCUGAGUAUGAAAGACUCCGAAAAGAGUACGAAAUCUUCCGUGUCAGCAAGAAUAACGAGAUCUCGUCCAUGCAAAAGAAGGAGGCCAAGCUGGAUGAGGAGAACAAGAGGCUGAGAGCUGAGCUACAGGCUCUACAGAAGACCUACCAGAAGAUCCUCAGAGAAAAAGAGAGUGCGCUUGAGGCAAAGUAUCAAGCGAUGGAGAGAGCUGCCACCUUUGAACACGAUAGAGACAAAGUGAAACGACAGUUCAAGAUUUUCCGGGAGACAAAAGAAAAGGAAAUUCAGGAUCUCCUGCGGGCCAAGAGGGACUUGGAGGCCAAACUGCAACAGUUGCAGGCUCAGGGCAUCCAGGUCUAUGACCUCAAUGAUUCUGACUCAGAUGACAACCAAACCGCGGUUACUGCUGCAGGGACACAGUGCGAGUACUGGUCUGGGGGUGUGCUGGGAAGUGACCCCUCCAUGGGGAGCAUGAUGCAGUUGCAACAGACCUUUCGAGGACCGGAGUUUGCCCACAGUUUGAUAGAUGUGGAGGGACCCUUUGCAAAUGUAAGCAGAGAUGACUGGGAUGCUGCAGUGGCCAGUCUGCUUCAGGUCUCCCCUCAUGUUCCCCAGGCCUUGUGGAGUAACACAGUGCGCUGCUACCUUAUCUCUACCCAGGAGACCAAAGCUGAGCUGGAUGUCUUCAUUAAGAAACAUUCACCCGUGUUGCGGAGGAUGUGCGAAGCUCUCGGACAUUUCUACCUGAAUGUCUGCUUCCCAGAGGAGAACGCUGCCGCCUAUGCUGUGGAGCGCACGCAGGAGAUUGAAAGGAGCUCGGUGUGUGUGCUUCUUGUCAAAUCUACUGUCACUAGCUCUGUGGUGGAGGAUUGUGAUGAGGCUUUCGUGAAGAAUCCAGAUGGCCAUCCACUGGUGCUCUACCUCAGGACUGAAGAAGAUCACAACUUAACUGGACCCACAAGACAACUGCUAGAAAGAAUCAAUGCUGCAGACAAGGCUGCUAAAGUCAAGGUGGUGGAUCAUAGUGGUUCUGCAGAGGAGGGGGCUGAACUCAUUUAUUUCCAAGUGGAGAAAGUCAUCAAACAGGAGUUGCUGGGACUUGAAGGAGCAGAUGUUGAUUCUAUGGACUCUGUGAUAGAGGAGGGGCGUGAGGAGGACUCUGGAGAUGUGCUGUGGGACCUGCAUGAUGAGCAGGAACAGAUCGAGUCCUACCAGCAGGCCUGUAGCAGCAGCACCACCUCCCAGUUGGGCUUCCAGAAGUAUAUAGAUCGUUUAAAUGACAUGAUAGCUGCUCCACCUCCCACCCCUCCUCUGCUGGUGUCUGGUGGUCCAGGCUCAGGAAAGUCUCUCCUGCUCUCCAAAUGGAUCGAGCAGCAGCAAAAGCUGUCCCCCAACACCUUGUUCCUUUACCAUUUUGUCGGCCGCCCACUUUCCACGAGCUCAGAGCCGGUUCUCAUUAUCAAACGCCUCACUGUCAAACUGCUGCAGCACUUCUGGUCCAUUUCUGGCUUGUCGAUGGAGCCCAGUAAGAUCUUAGAGGAGUUUCCCCGCUGGCUUGAAAGACUUUCCGCACGGCAUCAAGGAAACAUCAUCAUUAUCAUCGACUCCAUUGACCAAAUAGAGCAAGCAGAAAGACACAUGAAGUGGCUAAUCGACCCUCUCCCUGUCAAUGUCCGAGUGGUGGUGUCUGUCAAAGUUGAGACUUGUCCUCAAGCUUGGAGGUUAUGGCCCACACUCCACUUAGACCCACUGAGUCCCAGGGAGGUGAGGAGCAUUGUCAAUGCAGAGUGCCAGAGCAUGGACCUCAAAUUGACCAAGGACCAGGAGAAGAUGCUAGAAAGGCAUUGUCGUUCUGCAUCGACCUGCAAUGCGUUAUAUGUCACACUACUGGCAAGAAUGCUCAUCAGCAGUCUGUCCGGUUGGUCACUGGAGAAGAGCCUGGAGGAGUGUCUCCUGUGUCAGGACACCAUGGCACUCUACCGCCUGGCUCUCAAGAUGACUCUGACCUCCCUCAACACAGACAGAGAGCAACACAUCAUGAGAGAGAUGCUGUGCCUUGCAUGUGCCAGCCAUAAUGGAGUGAGUGAAUCAGAGGUGCUAGACCUUUUCCCAGAACUGGAGUUGCCUGUCCUGUCCUCUCUGCUUUACCGCCUGAACAGACUCUGCAUUGUAACCCUCCGCUGUGGCCUCAUCACGUUUCAACACCUGCAGGCUUGGGAAGCUGUACAGUUGGAGUUCCUGGGUGGAGGAAGUAGCUUGGCAGCUUACAGAGAGAAGCUCCUCCAGUACUUCAGCCAACAACUCAGCCAGGACCGUGUUACGUGGCGUGUCGCCGAUGAGCUGCCCUGGCUGCUCCAACAACAGGAGGAUAGGACGAAAUUACAACUUAGCCUCCUGAACCUGUUUGUUUCCCAAAACCUCUACAAGAGGGGGCAUUUCUCUGAGCUGCUGGCCUAUUGGCAAUAUGUGGGCAAAGACAAAAGCUCCAUGGCCACUGAGUACUUUGACUCCCUGAAACACUAUGAGAAGAGUUGUGAGGGCGAAGACAGCAUGACCAAGCUGGCCAACCUGUACGAGACCUUGGGGCGUUUCCUCAAAGACCUGGGCCUCCCGAGCCAGGCAGUAGCACCUUUACAAAGGUCCCUUGAGAUUAGGGAGACCGCCUUGGACCCGGACCAUCCCAGCGUAGCUCGCUCCCUGCACCAGCUUGCUGGGGUUUAUGUUCAGUGGAAGAAGUACGGCAACGCUGAGCAGCUGUACAGGCAGGCCCUGGAGAUCAGUGAGAACGCAUACGGAGCGGAGCAUGCCAGCGUCGCACGAGAGCUGGAGUCACUCGCCAUGCUCUAUCAGAAACAGAACAAGUAUGAACAAGCAGAGAAACUCAGGAAAAGGUCCGUGAAGAUCCGUCAGAAGACCGCUCGCCAGAAAGGUCAUAUGUACGGCUUCACUUUGUUGAGACGGAGAGCCCUACAGCUGGAAGAGCUGACCCUCGGAAAAGAAUCGGCAGACUCUGCCAAGACACUCAAUGAACUAGGUGUCCUGUACUACCUGCAAAACAACCUGGAUGCAGCCAAGAUAUUCUUGAGCCGCUCUCUGGAGAUGCGGCAGAGUGUCCUCGGCGCCGAUCACCCAGACUGCGCUCAGUCCCUCAACAACCUGGCUGCACUGCACACAGAGAGGAGGGAGUACGAGGUGGCGGAGGACAUGUAUGAGCGGGCGCUGGACAUCCGCAAGACGGCCUUGUCCCCGGACCACCCCUCACUGGCAUACACACUCAAACACCUGGCCAUGCUCUACAAACGCAGAGGGAAGCUGGAAAAGGCCAUGCCGCUGUAUGAGCUGUCUCUGGAAAUCAGGGAAAAAAGCUUUGGGCCGAAACACCCCAGUGUGGCCACAGCGCUGGUCAACCUGGCUGUGAUCUACUGCCAACUCAAGAAGCACGUUGAAGCCCUGCCCCUUUACGAACGAGCCCUGAAGGUGUAUGAGGAUAGUUUGGGCCGCUCGCACCCUCGAGUCGGAGAGACACUCAAAAACUUGGCUGUGCUGAGCUACGAAGAGGGGGACUUCGAGAAGGCAGCAGAGCUUUACAAACGUGCAAUGGAGAUAAAGGAGGCCGAGCCGUCGCUGGUGUGCGGUAACGCUCCGUCCCGCCACUCCUCCAGUGGGGACACGUUCAGUCUGAGGGGACCUGCUCCACUCCCACAAGCCCAGAGGUGACUCUGUUCAGCCGCUUAUUGCCACAGAACAAUACAGGCUGUUGACAUAUAAUGGAACAACUCAAACAUCAGAUAAGAACCAUUCUGGUCAUGUUGUCUAGAUGGAUGUUUUAGGGUUUGGUCAAAUAGACUCUACCUGCUAGUAUAAUUAUGAGGUCUGUUUUACAAAUCGGUGAAGCCUGUGUAUUUGCCACAAGUAUUUUUUUAUAUAUUUCUUACAUAAUCAUGCGCGUAGAGAUCUUCGGUUAUAUCACUACUUCUUUUUGAAUUCAAGUUUACAUUUAUCACUGAUUCACACUUUGUUCCCAUUUACAUGCCGCACAUUUCAGCAAAUUAGCCAUGAGGGUUUGCCAUUUCAUAACCCAUAAAACAUCAUUAAUAACCAGACACAUUCUGUGCUUUCCAAUGUACAGAAAAUAACUCUAUGCACUUUUAAAAAAAAAUAUUUUUGUAAACUAGUCACAGGUAUGAAGAAAACCCAAUUAUUCUUCCGUUUGAUUUUAAAGAAAUACCUCUAAAAAUUCAGUAAACAAAAGAAAACUGUUCUCGAGCUUCUUUUAAGGACAUAAAAUACGAGCUAUGAAAUAUUUCCACAACUCAGUCCGAUUGUGUCGUUAUGUCUUACCAAAACUGUUAAGACCUUACAGAUUCGUUUCCAAGUUUACAUUCCUGAUGUCGUGAAAAUGUAAUGUGUAUAUUUAUAUGUUUAGAUACCAUUUAUGUUUACAUUGCAUAAUGUUUACCUACGAGUAUAGAGUACAUAAUCCAAAAAGAGAAAAUGACGAACCAAAGACCGAGACCAUGUCUGAGAAGACAUGACCUCCGAAUAAGAUUUCAUGCUGUUAAAUGUCUGUGUUUACUCAAAAAGGAUUUUAAGGGAUUUGCCAAAACCAAGAUAAUGCCAUAAGUACAAUGGAGUAAAUAUUCAUUGUUUGACUGAAUGUACGUGAAUCCCAAAGGGAUACAUUACCACAUUAAUGUAAGUGUUUUAAUACAUGUGUGUAUCAAUGAAACAAUUAUAUUAUGUAAAGGUUACACAGGACAACCACAAAAAUCACAUCCAAUAUAUCGAGAAGAUUGUAUUCCAUCUAAUAAAUACUUUAUUGAAACAACUUCAA